AUGGGAGGUCCCAAUCUCGAAGUUGCCAAGUUCGGCAUGUAUAUCAUGUUCCCGAUUGCAAUCAUGUACUACUACGGCACCAAUCUCGAUAAGCGCUUUGCGGUUCCAGAUUUCUGGCCUAAGGUCGAACAAACCAAUCGUAUACCGUUUGAGAGGGAUGAUAUCAAGUCGGAGCUGGAGAGAUUAAGGUCGAAGAGGUUAUAUUUGAGGGAGCAGAGGCUGCGGGGCUCGAAUGGAAUGAAUGGGACGAAUGGGACGAAUGGGACGAAUGGGGAGGAGAAGUGA